ACAACCAUGAGACUGGUGCUACCUAACCCAGGGCUGGAUCUCCGGAUCCCCAACUAUGAGGAUCUGGACAGGAUCGAAAAAGAGGAGGCAGAAGGGAGCGACAGGCCCAAAUGGGACAACAAAGCCCAGUACAUCCUCACCUGUGUGGGCUUCUGCAUCGGGCUUGGGAACGUGUGGAGGUUCCCUUACUUGUGUCAAAGUCAUGGAGGAGGUGCCUUCUUGAUCCCCUUCCUCAUUCUGCUGGUGCUGGAGGGAAUGCCGCUCCUGCUGCUGGAGUUCGCCAUUGGCCAGCGUCUGAGGAAAGGCAGUGUGGGAGUGUGGAGGUCCAUCAGCCCUUAUCUGACUGGUAUUGGUAUCGCCUCCAUGCUGGUGUCCUUCCUGGUUGGACUGUACUACAACACCUUAAUAGCCUGGAUCCUAUGGUAUCUCUUCAAUUCCUUUCAAAGCCCGCUGCCUUGGACCCAGUGUCCUCUCAAUGACAACAGGACAGGAUUUGUACCCGAGUGUCAAGAGAGCUCCACAGUGGAUUAUUUCUUUUAUCGAGUGACUCUGAAUAGUUCGGCCUCUAUCGCUGAAUCAGGAGGAAUCCACUGGCCCAUAGUCCUGUGCCUGUUAGCUGCCUGGACAAUAGUCGCUAUCUGCUGCAUAAGGGGGAUUAGCACUUCUGGCAAGGCAGUGUACGUCACAGCCAUCCUGCCGUACAUAGUGCUCACCAUCUUCCUGAUCCGAGGAUUGACUCUUAAAGGAGCCCUGAGCGGACUUACGUUCCUCUUCACACCAGACCUGGAGGAGUUGAUGAAACCAAUGACCUGGUUGGAUGCAGGGGCUCAGGUCUUUUACGCCUUUGGUUUGGCAUGGGGGGGCCUCAUCUCCUUCUCAAGCUACAACCCUGUUCACAACAACUGCAUGCAGGAUGCUGUGAUCCUGUCUGUGGUAACUGGCUUCACCUCAGUCUACGCUGCCAUGGUCACCUACUCCAUCAUCGGCUUCAGGGCCACUGAGAAAUAUGACAACUGUAUCAGUGAAAACAUCAUGACAUUAUUAAACGUAUUCAAUCUUCCCGAGGACAACAUCACUACAAGCAACUACGAGGCAGCGUUAAUUCACCUCAACAGCUCCCAUCCUGACGUUGUUCUUGGACUGGACAUCAAAACAUGUGACAUGCAUACGCUUCUCAGUGAGGGAGUGGAGGGAACAGGUCUGGCCUUUAUUGUGUUCACAGAGGCCAUCACCAAGAUGCCUGGUUCCCCAGUCUGGUCUGUCCUCCUCUUCCUCAUGCUGCUCUGCCUGGGCCUCUCGACCCUGUUUGGCAACAUUGAAGGGGUGGUGGUCCCCUUAAAGGACCUGCACGUGUUCCCUAAACAUUGGCCCCAUGAAGCACUGACAGGCACAACGUGUUUUGUCGCCUUCCUCAUCACCCUCCUGUUCGCGCAGCCUUCAGGACUUUACUGGGUCAAUCUCUUCGACAGUUUUGCCGGAUCAGUUCCACUUCUCACCACUGGAUUGUUUGAGAUGAUAGCUGUUGUUUACAUCUACGGCAUAGACAGGUUCAAUGAGGAUUUUAAGUUCAUGACCGGACGUAAGCCCGGCAUCUUCUGGCAGGUGUCAUGGAGGUUCAUCAGUCCCCUAAUCGUCAUGGUGAUCUUAGUUUUCUACCUGGUGACCCUAGCUCAAGAGGAACUCACCUAUUUGGUCUGGGACCCAAACGCUGUGGAGUUUCCCUCUCUGGUGCCAACACUUUACCCUUCAUGGAUCAAUGCAGUCAUCUUUCUAUUGGCAGGCGUCCCUAGCGUGGCAGUGCCUGUGUAUGCAGUGUGUAGACUGGUUCUUAAUUGCUGCAAGAAAAGAAGUGUAUCCAAAGAAAAACUUAGCCCGUAAAUGACCUCAAAUGAUUAAGUC